AUGGAGCACUACAAGGAUGCUUGCCACUCCUUCGGGGUGAAUCACUACCUCCUCUGGGGCGCGGGCAUUCCGCUGGAAGGCUUAGUGCUGUGGUUGGCCGGGCGCGAUCCCUGGUCCUUCUGGUCCGACGCCUGGCUCCUCCCCGUGUGGAUGGUGAGGCUGGGCUUGUUGGAUGUGUUGCUCUGGAACGUUCCUCCGCAGAUCCUGGUGGGGGACGCCCUUUGGUUUUCGGUGAUUGCAGUCAUGUGCCGUGUGCACUCAUUGGUUUUAUGGAUCUUAGUGGCUUUCGAAGUGGCCUCUCUCAUUUUAGCACUCGGCGAAGGUGGAUUUGUGGACAUCUUCGCCUUUGAUCACGUGCGAUAUGGCAUGUAUAGUGUGGCCAUGCUCAUCAUCAUGGCCGGGGCCUACUUUUUGGACGAGCAAACGCGGCUUCAGUCCUUUGGCCAGGUCAUGUCCUUGCAGGAUCAAAACGCCGCCUUGGCGGAGAUGAUGCUGCGAUGGAAGGUAAGAGGAGGGAGUUUUUCUGUUCAAUUUUGGGCGGAAACAAAGAGCAGCUCUUGA